UGCCGGUCCUGCCGCGCUCCGGAGGCGCAGUUUAGUGGAAAAGGGAAGGGGGUAGAAAAGGGAAGCGGUUUAAAAUAGCCCCCGGUGACUCCCCGGCCGUGCCGUGGCGGGGGGGGCAGCGGGGCUCUGGUGCAGCCGCAGCCCGGGGGGCUUGGCCGUGAGAGGGGCGGGGGGCUCUGCCCUCGCUGCUCCCCUCGCCCGCCCUCGGGGCUUUUUUGUGUGGGGAAGGGGCAGGAUGAGCUUGCGGAGUUUUGCUGGAAUUUCUCCUUCCUUUCUGAGGCGCUGCCGCCGCUGAAGCAGAUUUUCCCUUCCUCUCUUUUUUUUGUCUGAUGCAGAAUCCCAGUAGCUAGGCAGCCUCCCUCUUUUCUUUCCUUCCUUCCUUCCACCCCUCCGCUAUGUAGGGAGGGACAGGCAUCAAUGGAAAGGCUGAAAUACGCGUAGAUGGACUCGCAGAUGCAUUUUUUCAUGAAAGAGGAGGAUAAAUCCCGCUUGCCCCUGCACUGACUUUUUUAUUGCUGUUGCAUCGCCUGGAAAAAUGGGGUUCGCUCGCUCCAGCUGAAUCCUCGGAGCAUUCCAGAGAGUUGCUGCAGUGGAGGACUUCUAUAAUUUUUUUGCAUCGGAGGAGCUGCAUUGAUGUUAAGCAUUUUUUCGUAAAAUGGAGAACGAGAUCUUCACACCCCUUCUGGAGCAGUUCAUGUCGAGCCCUCUUGUCACCUGGGUGAAGACAUUUGGACCGUUAGCUGGAGGAAACGGGACCAACCUGGAGGAAUAUGUGGCGCUGGUGGAUGGAGUGCAUCUGAACGAAGUCAUGCUGCAAAUCAAUCCAAAGUCUGCCAAUCAGAGGAUAAACAAAAAAGUCAACAAUGAUGCCUCAUUAAGGAUUCAAAAUUUGUCUAUUUUGGUGAAACAAAUCAAAACUUACUAUCAGGAGAACUUGCAGCAGCUCAUCAUGAUGUCUCUGCCAAACGUGUUAAUAAUUGGCAAAAAUCCCUUUUCUGAGCCAGGUACUGAAGAAGUCAAAAAGCUCCUCCUGCUUUUACUUGGUUGUGCAGUUCAGUGUCAGAAAAAAGAAGAGUUUAUUGAAAGAAUCCAGGGCCUGGAUUUUGACACCAGAGCAGCUGUUGCAGCCCACAUCCAGGAGGUAACUCACAACCAGGAAAACGUGUUUGAUCUGCAGUGGAUGGAUGUCAUUGUGUUGACACAGGAGUAUGUGGAACCUCUCUUGAAAAACAUGGCUUUGCAUUUGAAAAGACUCAUAGAUGAGAGAGAUGAGCACUCCGAGACCAUCAUUGAGCUGUCAGAGGAGCGGGACUGUCUGCGGUUCCUGCCUCACGCGUCGGCAGCGCAGUCGCCGUGCGGCUCCCCCGGCAUGAAGCGCACGGAGAGCCGGCAGCACCUCUCGGUGGAGCUGGCAGAUGCCAAAGCCAAGAUCAGAAGGCUCAGGCAAGAGCUGGAGGAAAAGACUGAGCAGCUGCUUGACUGUAAACAAGAACUUGAACAGAUGGAAGCUGAACUGAAGAGACUUCAGCAAGAGAACAUGGGCCUGCUGUCGGACGCGCGCUCAGCCAGGGUGUACCGGGACGAGCUGGACGCGCUGCGGGAGAAGGCGAUCCGCGUGGACAAGCUGGAGAGCGAGCUCGGCCGCUACAAGGAGAGGCUGCACGACAUCGAGUUCUACAAAGCCCGAGUGGAGGAGUUAAAGGAAGACAAUCAAGUGCUGCUGGAAACAAAGACAAUGUUGGAAGAUCAGCUGGAGGGGACUCGAGCCCGUUCAGACAAACUGCACGAGUUAGAGAAGGAGAAUCUGCAAUUAAAAGCUAAAUUGCAUGACAUGGAGAUGGAGCGCGACAUGGACAGGAAGAAGAUCGAGGAGCUGAUGGAGGAGAACAUGACCCUAGAAAUGGCUCAGAAGCAAAGCAUGGAUGAAUCUUUGCACCUUGGCUGGGAGCUGGAGCAGAUCAACAGGACUACGGAGCUCUCGGAAGUGCCGCAGAAAUCACUGGGCCACGAGGUGAACGAGCUGACCUCAAGCAGGUUGCUGAAGCUGGAGAUGGAAAACCAAAGUUUGCUGAAGACAGUGGAAGAACUGCAAAGUGCCGUGGGUUCUGUGGAAGGCAGCAGCUCCAGGAUCCUCAAGAUGGAGAAGGAAAACCAAAGACUUAGCAAAAAGCUGGAAGAGCUGGAGAAUGAAAUGAGCCAAGAGAAACAAAGUCUCCAGAACAGUCAAAACCUGAGUAAAGAUCUGAUGAAAGAGAAAGCACAGCUUGAAAAGACACUGGAAGCACUUAAAGAAAACUCCGAGCGACAAAUUAAACUGUUAGAACAAGAAAAUGAGCACUUGAAUCAAACCGUGGCCUCUCUGAGGCAGCGCUCGCAGAUCAGCGCUGAGGCGAGGAUGAAGGAGAUCGAGAAGGAGAACAAAAUCCUCCAUGAGUCCAUCAAGGAGACCAGCAGCAAGCUAAAUAAGAUGGAGUUUGAGAAAAAACAAGUCAGGAAAGAACUGGAGCACUACAAAGAGAGAGGGGAGAGGGCAGAGGAGCUGGAGAACGAGCUGCAUCGGCUGGAGAAGGAGAACGAGGCGUUACAGAAGAAAAUCACCAACCUGAAAAUCACCUGCGAGAAGAUCGAGGCCUUGGAACAGGAGAACUCGGACCUGGAGACGGAGAACAGAAAGCUGAAAAAAAUGGACAGCCUCAAGAACCUGACUUUCCAGCUGGAAUCCCUGGAAAAGGAGAACGCCCAGCUCGACGAGGAGAACUUGGAGUUGAGGAGGACAAUCGAGUCCUUGAAGUGCACCAGCAUGAAAGUGGCACAGCUGCAGUUAGAAAAUAAAGAGCUGGAGAGUGAAAAGGAGCAACUCAAGAAAAGCCUGGAGCUGAUGAAAGCCUCUUUCAAGAAGACCGAACGCUUGGAGGUGAGUUACCAGGGGCUGGACACGGAGAACCAAAGGCUCCAGAAGGCCCUGGAAAACAGCAACAAGAAGAUCCAGCAGUUGGAAAGCGAGCUCCAGGAUUUAGAGUCUGAAAAUCAGACCCUGCAGAAGAACUUGGAGGAGUUAAAAAUCUCCAGUAAGCGCCUGGAGCAGUUGGAGAAGGAGAACAAGUUGUUGGAACAAGAGACCUCUCAGCUGGAGAAGGAUAAGAAACAGCUGGAAAAGGAAAAUAAAAGGCUUAGACAGCAAGCAGAGAUUAAAGAUAGUACUUUGGAGGAGAACAAUGUCAAAAUUAGUAACCUGGAAAGGGAAAAUAAAUCUCUGUUCAAAGAAAUCGUUGUGUACAAAGAGUCCUGCCUGCGCCUGAAGGAGCUGGAGAAGGAAAAUAAGGAGCUCGUGAAGAGAGCGACCAUCGACAAGAAAACCCUGGUCACCCUGAGAGAGGACCUGGUGAAUGAGAAACUGAAGACUCAACAAAUGAACAACGAUCUGGAAAAACUUGCCCACGAGCUGGAGAAAAUAGGCUUGAACAAGGAGCGGCUCCUGGAGGACGAGCAGAGCAGCGAUGACAGUAGGUACAAGCUUCUGGAGUCCAAACUGGAAUCCACGCUCAAGAAGUCCCUGGAAAUCAAGGAAGAAAAAAUCGCUGCUCUGGAGGCUCGUUUGGAAGAGUCGACAAAUCUGAACCAGCAGCUCCGGCAGGAGCUGAAAACAGUGAAAAAGAACUACGAAGCUCUCAAGCAAAGGCAAGAAGAGGAGAGGAUGGUUCAGAACUCCCCUCCCAGAAGCGGAGAAGAGAAUCAGUCCGUCAAUAAGUGGGAGAAGGAAAACCAGGAAACGACUAGAGAAUUGUUGAAAGUUAAAGACAGAUUAAUUGAAGUGGAGAGGAAUAACGCGACGCUGCAGGCGGAGAAGCAGGCGCUGAAGACGCAGCUGAAGCAGCUGGAGACGCAGAACAACAACCUGCAGGCGCAGAUCCUGGCCCUGCAGAGGCAGAGCAUGGCCCUGCAGGAGCAGAACACCACCCUGCAAACCCAGAACGCCAAGCUCCAGGUGGAAAACUCCACUCUGAACUCCCAGAGCACGUCCCUGAUGAACCAGAACGCCCAGCUGCUCAUCCAGCAGUCGGCCCUGGAGAACGAGAACGAGGGCGUGCUGAAGGACAGGGAGGACCUCAAGGGCCUGUACGAGGCCCUGCUGAAGGACCACGAGAAGCUGGAGCAGCUGCACGAGCGCCAGGCGGCUGAGUACGAGUCCCUCAUCGCCAAGCACGGCAGCCUCAAGGCCGCCCACAAGAACCUGGAGGUGGAGCACAAGGACCUGGAGGACAGGUACAAUCAGCUGCUGAAACAGAAGGUGCAGCUGGAAGAGCUGGAGAAGGUUCUCAAGACAGAACAGGAGAAAAUGCUGCAGCAAAGUGAGAAGCACGAGACGGUGGCAGCAGAAUAUAAAAAGCUUCGCGAUGAAAACGAAAGGCUCACUCACACCUACAGUCAGCUCCUGAGAGAGAAUGAGGUUCUCCAGACUGACCACAAGAAUCUGAAGACACUAUUGAACAAUUCCAAACUGGAGCAAACGCGGCUGGAAGCGGAGUUUUCCAAGCUCAAAGAACAGUACCAGCAACUGGAUAUUACAUCGACAAAGCUGAAUAAUCAGUGUGAGCUGCUCAGCCAGCUCAAAGGAAACCUGGAGGAGGAGAACAGGCAUCUGCUGGAUCAAAUUCAGACUUUAAUGCUGCAAAAUAGGACAUUACUGGAGCAGAAUAUGGAAAGCAAGGAUCUCUUCCACGUGGAGCAAAGGCAGUACAUUGACAAGCUCAACGAGCUGCGGCGGCAGAAGGAGAAGCUGGAGGAGAAGAUAAUGGAUCAGUAUAAAUUCUAUGAACCGUCUCCACCACGAAGGAGGGGCAACUGGAUCACCCUGAAGAUGAGGAAGCUGAUCAAGUCCAAGAAGGACGGGAACCGGGAGCGGCUGAAGUCGGUGACCCUCACGCCCAUGCGCUCGGAAUCCAGCGAGGGCUUCCUGCAGCUGCCCCACCAGGACAGCCAGGACAGCUCCUCAGUGGGCUCCAACUCCCUGGACGAUGGGCAGACCCUGGGCACCAAAAAGAGUAGCAUGGGUGCACUGAAAAGACUGCCCUUUUUGAGGAACAGACCGAAGGAAAAAGACAAAAUGAAGGCCUUCUACCGUCGCUCCAUGUCCAUGAAUGACCUGGUGCAGUCCAUGGUCCUGGCAGGAGGACAAUGGACAGGUAGUUCUGAGCAUCUGGAGGGCCCCGAUGAUAUGUCCACGGGUAAAAGGAGGAAGGAAUUGGGAGCUAUGGCCUUCUCCACCACAGCCAUCAACUUUGCCACUGUCAACUCCUCCACAGGCUUCAGAUCCAAGCAGUUGCUAAAUAAUAAAGAUACCACAUCCUAUGAAGAUGUAAGUCCCCAAGGUAUUAGUGAUGAUUCUAGUACAGGAUCAAGAGUUCAUGCUUCCAGACCAGCCAGCCUUGAUAGUGGCAGGACAUCCACUAGCAAUAGCAAUAACAAUGCUUCACUCCAUGAAGUCAAAGCAGGUGCAGUGAACAGCCAGAGCAGGCCCCAGAGCCACAGCAGCGGGGAGUUCAGCCUCCUGCACGAGCACGAGGCCUGGUCCAGCAGCAGCAGCAGCCCCACGCAGUACCUGAGGGGUCCCAGCCGCUCCAGCCCGGUGCUCCCGCAGAGGACCGAGGCGCUGGAGAGCCGUGGAAAGCACGCCAAAACCGGCUCUCCUGGCAGCGAAGUGGUCACCCUGCAGCAGUUCCUGGAGGAGAGCAACAAGAGUAACUCCAGUGAGAUGAAAUCUGCAAGUGAAGAGAACCUUCUGGAUGAAGUGAUGAGGAGCCUGUCUGAGUCUGCGGAGCUGGCAGGGCGGGAGAGGCCCCGGAAGCAGCCGGGCGCUGGCUGUGGGAUCGUGAGGUCCUUGAGCGUCAAAACCACGGUGGAUUUCUGCGAGGGCCGAUCCCUGAGGCCGGAGCAGCUGGUGAGGCCCAGCCUCCGUAAGACUGACGAUCUCUACCUGAGCAGCUCCCCCAUCAAAUUCCCGCCCGGAGCACCCGGGAAGGCCCGGGCGGUGAAGGACAAGCUGCAGGCGACUGCAUCGCAGCGCCCUUCCAGGGACUGCAAUCCGUACGCCACCUUACCUCGUGCCAGCAGCGUCAUCUCCACGGCGGAAGGGACCACCCGCAGGACAAGCAUCCAUGACUUUUUGUCCAAGGACAGUCGGCCGCCCGUGUCGGUGGAUCCGGCGGCGCCCGCGGCCGACAGGAGCGCCCCGCCCAGCUCCAAUGUGGAAGCUAUCCCAGAAAGCAGAAAUUCAAAAAGCAGGUCUAGGGAGCAACAAAGCUCCUAAUUCUAUUCCCCACUACAUGAGCUGUGGGCCAAGUGAGAGAAAAAGUGUCCUUCAGUAUCUCAGUGUGAAGCCUUUAUAUCUGAAGUAACAAGACAGCGACUGUAGGAGUCACUAAUAGAAACAAAAAAAAAAUUGAGGGAAUUUUGUACAUUCUUCGUGACUAGAGCAGGCGAGACAUAAAAACCUACCUACCUUCCUUCCUUCCUUGAAUCAAGGAGCUCUACUGGAGUCUACUGCCGAAAAUGUGUAGAUGGGCUUAGGAAUUAUUGCACAUUGCACUGUUAAGAUCUACUGAAUAAAGGACAGUUCUCAUCUCCCUAAGGACCGAGGAUUUUAAGGUCUCUCAAGAAUUACUCCAGGGAAAAAAAAAAUUUUAAAAAAAAAUAAAAAUGCUUCUUUCAUCUUCUGUUUUUGAAAUUAGCCACUGAUUUGCUUAAGCUUCUGCUAAUAAUUAGCCAAAAACCCCCAUAACUGGCAGUUUCUCUUUACGACUGUAAAUCUAAAGGAAAAUGCUGUAGUAUUUUGUUGAAAUGGACUGUAUAUACAGAUACAAAAACCUCACAGCUACUGGCACUUCACUGCCUUAUUUGGUUUGCAUAAUCUGCAUGAAAUUGCUCUUAAAAAAAAAAAAGUUUAUGCUGACUUUUGUUGCAUACUGCAAGAGAAAAAAAUCUGUUUACAUCCAUGGGAAAGCUGGGGAGCUAACAGAAGUGGGAGUCAUGGGAUAAUGGUGUUAUAGAGAAACUGUUUGUCCUUUGUGUUUUCCACCUUCCCGAGUUACUCUGCGUUUGUAUGUUUGGAUGUUUCUGGCAGGAGGUUGUCAGGUCUGAGUUUUCUACCACGUUUAUUUUAAUAUUGAGGCUGUUUUCCACAAAUGCCGUUUCCGGGUUACGACUGUCUGACGAUGUUUUGUGUAUCGACUAAUUCUUUUUUUUUUACUGUUUGUCUCUUGACAUGAGCUGAUUGUGGCUUAGGAGGUUUCUUGAUGGCAAAAAAGAAAUGUAAAUAAUAUCAUAUGCAUUUUACAAUCAGUUCCCUUGAAGGUUAUCUUUUACUAGAUCUGUUUUGUUCGUUAUUGGUUUAUAUUAAAGUUGACAGAUGUUCUUGGUACGUUGGGUGGUUGCAUACGUUUGUGUCUGGGAAGAUUUGCUCAGAGGAAAUGGAGAGGAGCUUGGAUUCAGAGUUGUUACAUGUUAUUCCAACCAAUAAGCACAUUCCUGUUCCUGGUGUUACAUUCCCUGUGUCACCUCCGAGUGUCCAACAGGCAGGUGCAGAAGGUCACCCCAUUCCCUCAGCGACGGUGAGCCUGACUCUGCUGAGUGCAGUUCAGCAGCUCCAAAAGCAUGAAAUCCUGUCAAAAAGGGGGAAAAAAGAGGCCAGUUCAAUAAGCUUCAGAAGGGGACAUUUGGUUUGCUUUUUUUUGCUUUAAAGGGACUUCCUUCUGAAUUAUUUUUUUAUGCUAAAAUGGGCUAAAGGAUCUACAUUAAAGGCGUGGUGGGUACGAAAGAGAAUUCAAAGACCAUAAAUAUUAGGAAAAUAGCUCUUUAAUUCUAAAGGACAGUGUGUUCAAGCUCCUUUCAGGGCCUGUGACUGGGUUCACCUCACUGGCAGCAGAGGACUGACGCAGUUCAAACCCCCAAACCAUUUAACAGUGUUACUGUUUCCAUCACACAGGGAUCCCCCAUGGAUCAACUCAGCUCUGGAGGCCUCAGCUUGUCCAAGGUUACCCCUCACAGCUUCCACACUUUGCUUUUUGCACAGUGUUACACCUUCUCAGAGCCUCUGUGGGGUCCCAGCCGGGGCCUGUCACAAACUUUCCAGCUACUGUUUAACUCACCCCUUGGCCUAGAAAUGAGCCCCAUCCCAAAGCCUCCCUGGGUGUUCCUUGGAGGGGAUUUGGGGGGCAGGAUUCUCCCUGGCGGGCCAGCUCUGGGUGCCCGAGUGCUGCAAGGGCCCCUCUGUGCCAUCCUAAGCGGGUUUGGACCCCCUUUGUCGGCGCAAAGGCCGGAGUGGGAUGUUGGGUGGUAUUUGCCAAAUGAGCCCAAAGCAUCAGCAGAGGCACAGGAGCACUUCAGGGCUUCAAUCUGCUGCUCUCCCAGCGCUUUGUUUUGCAGAGGAGCUUCAGGACAGUGCAGCAGUCAGGAGGGGCUGGGAUCUGCCGAUUCCCGCUGGCUUUCUCUUCCCAGUCUGUGCCCUUGAAAUAAGGUAGAGAAGCAAACGUGGGAGCCACCUGUGAGUUGCUGGAGCAGGGAGUCUCAGGGAAGCAGCCGUUGGACGCCCAGCUUUGUCCCCCCGGAGCUGCCAGGCCCAGGGUAGGAAGGAGGUUGUUGUGCUACACCAUUCUAUGUUUGAUUUGCUUUUCUGAUACUCUGCGAGGAUUUAGUAACAUUCCCAACACGUGUUGUUAUUGUUUCUAAACUUUUUCCAGGACAUGAUGCAGCCUAACAAAGGAGCUCAUGUGUCAUUUGGUUUUUUAUUUUUUAUUUUUUAGAGAUAGCUGAUGAUGUAUAUGUAAAUAAUGCUUUGAUAUUAAUAAAACUGCCUUAAAGGAAUGUACCUAGGUGUGAAACAGAACUUAAAAAGCUCUUAUUUAAAACUGUAAUUUCCUUUACAUAUUGAUUUUUUUUUAAUGUUCGCCAUUGUAUACAUUUAUUAAUGAUGUUAUUAAAAUGCCAAACCAAAUAAUUUUUAUUCUUAUUUUGUUGUGUGUAUGUUCAUACACACUUUCUCUGGAAACUGAUGUUACUGGCAGGGUGUUGGUGUCGUGGUCAGUCGGUGAUGUGUGCAGUGAGUAUUUCUUCUGGAAGGAAAAAACUGAUAAAACUGUAGCAGAA